AUGAUAUUACCUGAAUUGGAAAUACCGAGACUGUGUUGGGAGUGUUUAGCUUGUUUAAAACAUUUAUAUAUGUUAAGGCGGAAGGCAUUAAAUGCUAAAGAAAUAUUAGAUAAACUAGCAGAGGGAUGUACAUUGGAUGUCUCUCUACAAAGCAAAACUGAUUUGGGAACAUCUUACAUAUUUGCUGUCUCCAUCUGUGAUGAUAAUAUAAAUAAUAUUGAAGAAACUGAAGUUACCAAUACUAACCUCUUCUUAGAUAAAGGCUCCACACCAAAGAAUUACGAUAUUAAAAAAUUUAAAGAAGAUAAAGAGUUUUAUGAAAAUGAUUUGACUCAAGCAUUCAAAAGAUCUUCAAGUAUUAAUGUAAAUACUAUUAGAGAUUCAAAACUUCUAGAGAAGGCUGAAACAAAAAAUUUGAAGAAAAGUAAGCAAAAGAAAAUAAAAGCUAAGAGAAAAAAGAAAAUAACUUCCUAUAAGCAUUACACUUGCAGUGAAUGCAAAGUUACAUUUGAAAGCAGAGGCAAAUAUGAGUAUCACAGGCAAAAGCAUCGUGGGAGAGUUCAAUGCUCGAUCUGUAGCCGAGAUUUUUCAAGUCGGAGUGCUCUCACUACACACCGCAGUGUUGUGCACACUGCAGCUUCUCAGAGUGAUGAUGGCUUCAGAAAUUACUGCAAGCCGUGUGCUAAAUUCUUUAAAACAAGUUGCAGCUACCGGAAACAUCUUCGAACAUCCGUCCGCCAUAUCAAUCCGGAAUCUCUUCGUUUCUCAUGCCAAGCUUGCGACAAGCGCUUUGUUCGCUCAAAGGAGCGCGAUGAACACCACGAGCGUGUUCAUUUGAAACGCAACCGGCUGCAGUGUGUGCGUUGCUCGCGCCAGUACUGCAGCGUGCGCGCACUUCGCUCGCAUGUGAGGACACGGCAUACUGCUACCGUUGCGAAAAGGGAUUUCGUUUGCGAGAUUUGCGGUGUUAGUUUUAAGACGGCGCAAGUGCUAAAAGGCCAUCAGCGUAUUCACACCAAAGAAAAGGCAACAAUAGAAGAAAAAGAUGCAAAUAAAAAUUCUUAA